GCGCGAUUCGCGCAUCCAGUCUGCGCUACCCUUCUUAGCCACUGGUCGGCGGUUGGCGGAUAGCCGGCUUGCCGUGAAUAGAGAACGGCCGAGAAUGUAAGAAGGGGUUUUGCAGCCGGUGCGUAGCACGAAACUGGAUGACUAUUGUGGACGCACCAGAGAAGGCGGAUGAAAGCAAACCUGAGAACGGCACGAUGUGACAGCGCGUUUGCACUGAAAAAGGAGCGCGGAUUUUAGUUCGCACAGGAGAGGACCGGGGACAGAUAAGCGGGUAAUGGGGAUGAGAAACGGCUGAGUUCGCGGGAAGCGGUAGUCGGGCACACAUUCAUAACAUGUGCCGAAGAGUACUUAGAAUGCCAUUUUUUGCGCUGGAUAUGAUGAAAUCAAACCGUCGGGGCAAAAUCGGGCGCUAACGUGGGAAUUGUCUCGAGGCGCGCACGACAGGUCUCUAAUCUAAAUCUGCUGCGCGAUUGGGCCGAGUGAACGAAAUCUUUUGCCCCUCGACCCACGUGAGAAAAGAACUGCCGAAACUUUCCCGAUGGCCCUCGUCAUGGAACCUGUUAGCAAAUGGAGUCCCAGUCAAGUGGUGGACUGGAUGAAAGGCCUGGACGACUGUCUGCAGCAGUACAUUAAGAACUUUGAGCGAGAGAAAGUGGGAGGUGACCAGCUGCUGCGGAUCACCCACCAGGAGCUGGAGGACCUGGGCGUGUCCCGCAUUGGCCACCAGGAGCUCAUCCUGGAGGCUGUGGACCUGCUGUGUGCCCUGAACUAUGGACUGGAGACGGAGAACCUGAAGACGCUCUCCCACAAGCUCAAUGCCUCCGCAAAGAACCUGCAGAACUUCAUCACGGGCCGACGACGCAGUGGCCACUAUGAUGGGCGUACCACACGCAAGCUGCCCAAUGACUUCCUCACAUCCGUGGUGGACCUCAUCGCUGCCGCCAAGAGCCUGCUGGCCUGGCUGGAUAGGUGCUACUUCUUUUUCAGGUCGCCUUUUGCCGCGGUGACGGACUACUCAGUGACCCGGAACAAUGUGAUCCAGCUGUGCCUGGAGCUCACUACCAUUGUACAGCAGGACUGCACUGUCUAUGAGACUGAGAACAAGAUUCUGCAUGUGUGUAAGACUCUAUCAGGAGUGUGUGACCACAUCAUCUCUUUGUCUUCGGAUCCUCUGGUCUCCCAGUCAGCCCAUCUGGAGGUGGUUCAACUGGCUAACAUCAAACCUACUGAGGGCCUGGGGAUGUACAUCAAGUCCACAUAUGAUGGCCUUCAUGUGAUCACUGGGACCACGGAGGGAUCUCCAGCUGACCGCUGUAAGAAGAUCCAUGCUGGUGAUGAGGUGAUCCAGGUGAACCAUCAGACAGUGGUGGGCUGGCAGUUGAAAAACUUGGUAAACUCUCUGCGUGGGGACCCUGGAGGGGUGACACUGACAUUGAAAAAGCGUCCCCAGAGCACGCUCACGUCCGCUCCAGCGCUGCUAAAGAACAUGAGGUGGAAGCCCCUGGCCCUUCAGCCGGUCGCUCCCAAAAGCCCCACCAGCAGCUCGGCCACACCCACAAGCACCAUCAGCACACCCUCCAAGAGGGACAGCUCCGCCCUCCAUGACCUUUAUAUACCGCCUCCUCCUGCUGAGCCCUACGCGCCCAGGGAUGACCAGGGCAACAUUCUCGGUGAGGAGCGAGGGCAGGGAGGAGUCUCUGCGGCUAAGGGCUCUGAGUCACCCAACUCCUUCCUGGAUCAGGAGUACAGACGGCGCUUCCCUCUCAUGGAGGAGGAGGCCGUGCUCUACUGCUACGAGUAUGACCCUGGCCGCGGAGCCCCGCCCUCACGCCGUGAGGGCACACCCACCUAUGGCCGCCUGCGGCCCAUUUCUAUGCCUGUAGAGUACAGCUGGGUACCAGACUAUGAAGACCCAGCCAGACUGAAGCGAGAGGGCAGGAGAGACAACUCCAUGCUGCGGUAUGUGAGUGAAGACAAGGUUCCGGACGAGUACCUAACAGGUCGCAGUGCCAAGCGGGACACGGGCAAGCGGGACACAGCCAAGCGGGACACGGGCAAGCGGGACACGGGAAAGCGGGACACGGCCAAGCGGGACACGGGCAAGCGGGCCAAGAAGAAGAGCGAGAAGGGUGGAAGCCCCGCCCACUAUGGCCUCCUCCCCGCCCUGCAGAUGGAGGUACUCCGCCAGGAGUCCAUGUCCACCCCAAGCUCAGACUCCACCUCACUCUACCACACAUUCCAGGGAUCCUCGCUGCUCUCAAAGACAAAGAAGAAGAGCAAAGGAGCACCCCUGUCCUCCAUCAGCAAGAGGAGGAUCUCCUGUAAGGACCUGGGCCGCGGAGACUGCGAAGGCUGGCUGUGGAAGAAGAAGGACGCCAAGAGCUACUUCUCGCAGAGGUGGAAGAAGUACUGGUUCGUCUUGAAGGACGCCUGCCUCUACUGGUACAUGAACGAGGAGGAUGAGAAAGCUGAGGGCUUUGUCAGCCUCCCAGAGUUCAAGAUUGACCGUGCCAGCGAAUGCCGCAAGAAGUACGCGUUCAAAGCCUGCCAUCCCAAAAUCAAGAGCUUCUACUUCGCCGCCGAUGGUGUGGAUGAUAUGAACAGGUGGCUGAGUCGCCUGAACAUGGCGGCGGCUGGCUAUGCCGAGAGGGAGAAGAUCUGCCAGGAGCAGGCGGACUACUGGAGUGAAAGUGAUCACGAAGACAACGAGACCCCUUCCACGCCCAAGCAGGACAGCCCACCGCCCCCGUACGACACGUAUCCACGCCCCCCCUCGAUGAGCUGUACGAGCCCCUAUCCAGAGCCCAAACACGGGCGCCUGUCUUCCACCGAGACCUCGCAGUCCCGCUCCUCUCACGAGGAGUACCGCUCCGAGCCACCAGGGGGCGGCAGCAGCAGCGGCGGCGGCUCGCCCGCACGCAAGUCGACCAGCCAGCGGCGCUCUUGGCAGGACCUGAUCGAGACGCCGCUGACCAGCGCCGGCCUGCACUACCUGCAGACGCUGCCCCUGGAGGACGCCGUGUUCUGCGAGCCGGCCGUCGGCCUGUCGCCCGAGUACCGCCGCCAGUCCACGCUCCCCGCCCAGCGCGCCCUCCUGCGCGACCACUACGGGCCCUUCCACGACGCCGAGGAGGCCGCCGAGCGCCUCCGGGACCCGGCCGCUGCCGCCGGCGGGAAGCCCCGCAGCUUCACGCUGCCCCGCGACGGCGGCCUGCGCGCCCUGCUUGCGCCCUCCGCCGGCAUCGCCGAGCAGCGCGACCCCCCGCGUCGGGAACUGAGCCGCAGUCACUGCGUCGAUGGCGGUGAGCGGGAGCGGUUGGGCCAGGCGGACUCACUGGGAGACCUGUACCGGGCGCUGGAGCGCGCCAGCCUGUCUCCGCUGGGCAGCCGCCGCAUCUCCAGCCGCCUGGACUACAAGCACUCCUUUGUGCGCCGCUGUGACGACCCGCUGCUCAACGACAAAGUGCACCGCCUGCGCAUCCUACAGAGCACGCUCAAGGACAGGGAAGGGGAGGUAGCAGUGAUCGACAAGCUGCUGGCCAAUCCCAAGCUCACGUCCUCCGAGUUCCAGGAGUGGAAGAGAAUGUACCUGGAGCUGUUCUCAGCAGACGACAAGCGGGAGCGGCAACCCAGCCCCCAAUCCGAGCCCAGCCCAGGCUCCACCCCUGAGCCCUCCCCCCGCACCCCCUCCCUCUCUCACACACACUCCUAUAUUGAGACUCACGUCUGAUCCAUGCAUGCACAUGCACUCUAACCGGCCUCUCUCAGGACCUUCGAAAACACAUGAUACUGAACAUUUGAAUUUUGAAAUUCAAAAUUCAAACAUUUGAACACCUGUACUGUAGGAAAAAGGACUCUUAGUUUAUUGUCGAUUGAAUCGUGUGCCAACAGAACUCAUAUCUCGGCUGUAUUAAAAACUCAAACAUCUAACAAAACGGACUUGUGCUGCCAGGCACAGGAACACAACCGGAGUGAUGAAGCCGUGGCUCCAGGCAGCCCGCUGGCCUCUAAGUGCUGGACUUUAGCAUGGCUGGGUUACCAUGGCUACUGGUCCACCAUUCCCAGGGAGGCAAGGACUGUCGUGGAAAGCGCAUGGUCAGCGCCAGCUUAGACACAGCCUACACCCACACGGCAGGACACUGCAGAGCCUAAUAUGGUAGAAAACCCUGUGACUGCGAGAUGAAAGAAAGGAACCCUGAAUCGACAGAACAGAAACAGGACACUGAAUCGACAGAACAGAAACAGGACACUGAAUCGAUAGGACAGAAACAGGAGACUGAAUCGACAGAACAAAAACAGGACACUGAAUCAAUGGGAUAUCAGAGCAGCUUUUAAUGAAGCUGCAUGUAAGAUGUUCAUGGACACACUCUACACCAAACUUCAUGCCAGCAAAUAGCGCAGGCCUGCUCAAUCACACUUUCUCACUCGGCCUGUAUGCUUGUGACCUUUUGUACCAGUACAUGCGAGUGCACCUGUUGCGUCUGGACGCAUUGCGUGUGUGAUCAGAUGGCUGAUUUAGAAACUAACCACUUCAGGAGCUACAGAUGUUGGUGAAUUUGCUUUGUUUCAUUUAACAUAGAGCUCUUACCUGUAGCUCUGGCUAAGUGCCCACGGCAGGAGACCUUUCCUAGACUCCUGGUCUAGCAGUUCUCCUAGUCUUUAAAGGGCAAUCUCCUUACAGGCAUAGUCACACACACACACACACACACACACACAGAGAGAGAAAGAGCGAGAGAUGGAUACAUGGUGUGCUCAGCCUACAUAACCCUGUGAUCACAGCUGCACAGCGCAGACCGUGUUUGUCUGCAGCCCGAAUCAUCUAAGCCUCAUUCCAUACGGUUCGGGAGCUCUGCUUCACAGAGCCAGUCUGCCUGUGCUUUGUAAUGAAGCCUGGCUCUUUUGCAAAUAAAAUGUGUGGGAGCAGCUGCCCCGCACACACCUGCACCCGUGCACGGCUGCCUCGCCAACUCCUGUGCCGGUUCCUAAAAGCCUCGUGCACAGACUGCACAUGUCAGGGUGGGGAUUCUAGUCUAGCCUUACGACAUUUCCUCAGAGAGGAGGUUGGUUUCUUUCUUUCUUAUUUCGGGCCGCGGCGCCGAAUUCGGCCCCGGGGGAAGGUGCGGUUUUGGUUUCUUGGCCUUUCGUUUCCUGAUGCCUGACUCUGUGGACAGCAUCCAUUUUCUCCCUCAGCGUGAUGCCGUGGCGCCAGGAACGUCGUAGCUGAUGAGGGGGAGCGUUUGCGACGUCGGCCGCGCACACCUCCGCUCUCGGUGCGGGCGCCACACAUGCUAAGACUGAUGAAGGCUGUUGCCUUGGUUACUGAACUCCCCUCAACAGCUGCCCACGGCAGUAACAGUCCUCUUGAUAUUAACUGUAUGUCAGCACACACCGAUAUUGAACAGUUUGUAAAGCUUGCGAUUCCAUAUGCGGUGCACAGGCUCUCCUUGCGCUGCGUGGCUCAGAUACAUUAUAACAGAGUUUACUCUUGUGGUUUUGCUUUUUCUUUUUUUUUUUUAAUCAGUGCUGGCAGAUGAGCGAAAUUCAGUGUUUCACUUUGAGCUGAAUUCUUGUCUUCAGUGACUGUACACAACAACCAAAAGCAAUCAAGCUCUCAGAGGAACCCAAGGACGUGUGUGAUUUUUAGACUAUUUUGAAUGUUCUGAACAGAGUUUAAUGUAAGAUAAAGAUUAGAUACAUUAAUAUGUGUAUUAUAAUGUACAUUGACAUCAUUGCAGUUCUAUGAGAGAAAAUCCUCUCACAAAACAUACUGUAGUAGAAGAGUUUCCUUCUAUACUAAACUGAUGUUUUAUUUACAUGAUAAUGUGAUUAUAUAGCCAAUAUCACUAUGUACAUCUUGUUAGAUUCAGUAAGUUUUCAAAAAGGCUACAAAAUGUUUACCACUGGAUAUGGAAUUACUAUAUUGGUUAUCUUGAAUUCUGUCACAUUUGAUUUUGUUUGUUAGGAAUGUUUUUUUGUUUAUUUUGGUUUCUUCUUCCCCUUCUUCUUUUUUUAAUGGGAAUUGCACCUCCACACCCACCCACUUAUUUCUCUCUGUGAUAUCACAGGCUAAACUUAUGAAGAUAUCCAGAUACCAAAUCUGGAAGGAUGCCUUUACAGUUAAAAUCUGCAUACCAGUCUAGUAAAUCUAUAUCCAGACUACUACCUGUCCUUAUUUGUUAUAACUAGGCAUGUGGUUUGGACAGUGCCGUCAAUGUGUGGUGUGUUUAGCUUACUACCUGGAAAAGAUUACUUUGUCUUAUUUAUUUCCUUAUUUAAUUAGAAGGUCAUUGCUUUACCCAGUUUUAAGGUUAAUGUGGUUAAAGUCAAUAAAACUUUGCUCAUGAAACCACA